CUUUUUACGAGGUGUCUGUGAAUGCGCCACGCCUGCUUUACUUCCUGUCUUCCAUAACUUCACCAAAAACAAAAACACAAAAGGAAAACGUUUUGUUCCUUCGUCUGUUUGCCGACAAUAACGACGUGGCCUCGAGCUGGUAAUGACGCAGCAAGAGCAGCAGGACUUCAUGGAGAGACUGGAGGAGGCGCUCUCCUGGAUGAAAGCUGUCCAGGAGAAGCUGAGGAUAAACGACAACACAGAGGGGCCGUGGGAUGCCCUGGAAAGCCGACUCAGGGAGACAGAGAAAAUCCACCACUCAAUGCACGAAGGCCAGGUGAAGAUGGACAUGGCACAAGUAGCAGCUGAACAUCUUCUGGAGAUGGGCGAUGAAGAGCUGAGGACAAAUACCCAGGCCAAGCUCAAAGACCUGAAGAGCAAUUGGGAAGAAACAUGUACUUACACCAUCCACUGUCACAGCCGGAUUGAGUGGGUGUGGCUCCACUGGAGUGAAUAUUUAAAGGCCCAUGAGGAGUUCAAGAUGUGGCUGAAGAAGCAGCAAUGCAGUCUGGAUGUGACCUUGGAGCAACAACUGGGCCUGAAGGAGAAGUUGUGGCAGGUCGACCAGCAGAGAGUAAUGGUGAGCGACAUCCGUGGCCAAGCAGCUUUAUUGGAACGGCUGCUGGAUGAAGCUGCCGCGCUGCACAACAGAAUCCAAGACCCUUGUGUGGACCCUCAGACCCAGGAGAGACUGCAGGGGGCCUACAAUGACGUCAGUACCAAGGCUGAGGAGCGUUUGUCGCUGCUCCAGAAGAUCGCUGAGGAGCACCAGACAUACCAAGGCUGCGUUCAGAGGUUUCAGUCCUGGCUGAUGUCCAAAACCAAGGAACUGACAGAUCUGAUGGAGAAAGAAGAUACAACAGAAAACAAACUCCAAGCCUUACGAACGGUUGAUGAGAGCGUAGCCAGUGAGGAAAAAACCCUGCAACACAUCGAGGGCGUGUCCGAAGCGGUCCGAGUCAACAGCUCCCCCGCUGGAGCGGAGGUGGUAGUGGAGGAGGCUGAAGAGCUCAGGCUGGGUUGGCAGAGACUCAGACAGGGUCUGUGUGAGGCCGAGGACGGCCUGCGCUCCAGCCUGGACGCACGCUGCGACUACACCGCUCGACGCCAGCGACUGGGGGAGGACGUUGGAGGCCUCAGGAUACGACUUCAGGGUCUGGACCAGGACUUGGAGAAGGUGGCUGAUGUUGGGGAUGAGGAGGAUUUGACUGAAGACCUUAUGGUCCGCCAGUGGAGAAAAUACACGGAUGUGAGAAGCGGUGUGGCUAUGGAAGAGACCCAGGUGGAGCACCUCAAGUCUCAGCUCAAGGCUCUCUUCAGGUUCUCCGAGGACUCUCGCCACAUCUCUGAUGACGUCCUGGCAGUUGUCAAAGAGCACCAGAGUGUGAAAUGCAAAGCGGCAAGAUUGUGUUCAGAAUCCGAGUGUCUCCUGAGAAGCGCACUCCAGGACCCGUUGAUGUCCUUUGGCCAGUGGAGGCAGGCCGUGUCCGAGGUUCUGGAAACUUCUGCUGUGGUCACAGACUUCUCCCACAUUGUCAUGCUGCUUGAAGAAAUUGAACGGCUGUUGAAGGACAGUUUUCAGCUGCAGGAUGUUUUCAAGGGCCUGAAGACAAGGGGGGACUUGUUGGUGUCUGUGUUUGGUCCUGAAAGGUGUGCUGCUCUGCAAAGUGAGCUGACUGCAUCAAUGAAGAACAGAGAACUGCUGCAUGGUGAACUUCUCCAGAGACAAGGCAGACUACAGGCCUCCGUUUCAAGAAGUAAGGACUUUGGAGAUGCUUACAUUUUGAUCAGCUCCAAGUUAAGGGGCUUGCGAGACAGGAUGAUGGCAGCUGAAGUGCUCCAGCCUGACAUCCUUGCCAAGAAAAGUCAGUUCGACCAGUUGAAGGCCAUCCAGAAGGACCUGGAAGACUGUGAAGCACACAUCACAUUUCUUGAAACGCUCAUAUCGUCCAGUUCCAGCAACAAGACUCAGUUUGAAAAAGUUCACGCUGACUGGAAACAGCUUUGCAACACAAUUAGGGUGAAGUUGCAUGAGAGUGAGCAGAGUAUCGAAGAUCACAAAAGCUUCCAUGAGAGUCUACUGAACAUGGAGAAAUGCUUGAUGGUCCUGAAGCAGAAGGUGGAGUCCUUUAAGAGUCCCACAGGAGAAUGGAACAUUGAUGGUCGCAAACACGAGGCUGAGAAAGCACUGGGAGAGUUUCCAGAGAAAGAGUUGCAGCUCCAGCAGAUGGAGGUCCAAUGUCAGAAAGUUCUACAAAGGACUUCGCAGAAAGGAGGAGUCCACAUUGUGGAAGAUAUGAACCGUCUCAAAGAGUCCUGGUUGAACUUGUACAAGAUGAGUGUCAACAUUCACAGGCUGCUGAAUGGAUCCACGGAACAGAUGACUGUUUCUGACAUGUGGGGAAUCAACACUUUAGGCUCCACAAAAAUGGCAGAGGUGGUGGAUGGUAGUCAACAUCCCAAAGGUCACCUCAUACCGCCUAGACAGGAAGAGAUUCCCAAAGAAGUAGCUCGUAUGUCCGACGCAGAAUGUUCUGACCAAAGCAGAGGAGCUUUUGUGCACUUGAGGCAGAAAGAUGGCGCAAUGGUGAGCGGGGAUCAAUACAAGUCCAAAAGGAAACAGUUUGAGGCUUGGCUCAGCAGAGAGAAUCAACUCCUGUCAGGAAUCCUUAGCACCAAGCGAGGAACCCUGACGAGCAAUCAAGUCCAGAAACAACGAGACACACUAAAGGCUCUGAAGGCAGGAGUGAGUUGGGGUCAAAAGCAGUUCCAGCUUUUGCUGCAGGACAGGAAAGAGAGUCAGGCAGGAUCAGGUCCAGCAGAAGAUGACAGCUUCGAAGAACUUCGUUAUCGCUGGACUCUCUACAAGUCCAAACUAAAGGAUGCCCGUGUCUUUCAGAAAAGGCUCAAUUCCCAGAAGCCGAGCUUGAUGCAGAGAGUUUGUCGACUGGCUCUUCCUCUCUGGCUCUUCUUCCUCGCCUUGCUGCUCAUCGCCUUCCUGCUUCCCCUCAUGGACAAAGACCACAGCUGCUCUCUCAGCAACAACUUUGCACGCUCCUUCAACAUGAUGCUGCGCUACUCUGGACCACCGCCUACAUAACACAACAAUACAUCUAUAUCUAUAUCUGCAUCCAUGGCAUAUAUCUACGCUACAGUAUCAUAUCAUGUAUUUUAAUACAGCCUUACAAAGAUAUGGACUUUAUUUUAAAAGAGAGAAUAACAAAAUGUAUUUUAUACUUGAAUUUGUAUUUAAUUGAGUAUUUUAACUAUUUGACUCUCAAACACAGCCUCGUACUGACGUCGUACCGUAUAUUUGGCGAAUGUCGCAAAGUAAGUCAUUGUCUUUUAGGUUUGAUUUCUUUUUAUGCAUCAAAACAUUUUAAAGUAACUAGAUGAGGCAAUUCCUGAAGGAAUUGCGUGUGAAUGCUCCAAUGCUGACGUUGAACUGAAAUCCUGGAAUUUUUUUUGAAUUGUUGACCCCCGUGACUGCGUGGGUUCCCUCCGGGUACUCCGGCUUCCUCCCACCGCCAAAGACAUGCACCUGGGGACACUAAACUGAUUGGCAACACUAAAUUGGCCCUAGUGUGUGAAGGUGAGUGUGAAUGUUGUCUGUCUAUCUGUGUUGGCCCUGUGAUAAGGUGGCGCCUUGUCCAGGGUGUACCCCGCCUUCCGCCCAAUUGCAGCUGAGAUAGGCUCCAGCAACCCCAAAAAAAAGGGACAAGCAGUAGAAAAUGGAUGGAUGUUGUAGUAGAGCACACGAUUCCCAAACAGGCUGAAUAUUUUGAAGUUGGAACAGUUUGAAUCAGAUGAAAAAUGUAGGAGUUGUGGAUCUUUGAAAAAUAUCUCAUUGAUUUCAAUGGGAAUUUCCGGAAAAAUUGGGAAAAGCGGGAAUUUUUUUUGAAAAUGGUAAAAAACUUAAAUGGUCUGAAUGAGUUGAAAUGGUUGGUGUUGGAAUUUUUCAAAUCGGUCGAGAAAUGUUGAAGUAGUAACAUUUUAAAUUGAGAAAUGGUAAUAAGGAAUUCCUGGAAUUUCGUGAAAACCGGGAAUUUUUCCAGUUCGAAAAACAACUUUGUUUUUUGUUCUGAUUAAGAGGAAUGUUUGGACGGUGGAACGGUUGAAAUGGCUUGAAAAAUGUGGAAGGAUUAGACGCCAGAUAACAGGGUUUGAAAAAACGGGAAUUCUGGAAAUUCCUGGAAUUCUUUUGAACUUGGAAAAAUAAUAGUUUGAAUGUCCAGGAUGAGUGGAAUAUGUUGAAGGUGGAAUGGUUUUAAUCGGUUGAAAAAUGUGGAAAUGGUGGAAGUUUGAAAAAUGGCCAAUUCACUUUGAAUGGGAAAAAUGUCCUGGAAAAUUUGUAAAUCUGGACAUUUUUGGAAUUUGUCAAGGGAAAGCCCGCGAUUCCUGAAUAGGCUGAACAGUUUGAAUCAGAUGAAUAAUGUGGGAGUUGUGGAACUUUGAAAAAUGCCUCAUUGAUUUCAAUGGGAAUUUCCGGAAAAAUUGGGAAAAGCGGGAAUUUUUUUUUUAAAUUGUAAAAAACUUGAAUGGUCUGAAUGAGUUGAAAUGGUUGGUGUUGUAAUUUUUCUAAUCGGUCGAGAAAUGUUGAAGUAGUAACAUUUUACAUUGAGAAAUGGUAUUAAGGAAUUCCUGGAAUUUCGUGAAAACCGGGAAUUGUUCCUGUUCGAACAACAACUUUGUUUUUUGUCCUGAUUAAGAGGAAUGUUCGGACGGUGGAACGGUUGAAGUGGCUUGAAAAAUGUGAUAGGAGUAGACGCCAGAAAAAAGGGUUUGGAAAAAAACGGGAAUUCUGGAAAUUCCUGGAAUUCUUUUGAACUUGGAAAAAUAAUAGUUUGAAUGUCCAGGAUGAGUGGAAUAUGGUUUUAAUCGGUUGAAAAAUGUGGAAAUGGUGGAAGUUAGAAAAAAGGCCAAUUCAUUUUGAAUAGGAAAAAUGUCCCGGAAAACCUGGAAUUCUGGGAAAUCUGGGAAUUUUUGGAAUUUGUCAAAGGGAAAGGCCUCGAUUCCCGAAUAGGCUGAACAGUUUGAAGUUGGAACGUGAAUGCUUUGGCGCAUUCACACAACAAGGAGAAAACAUGACCAAGUGUUUGCAAACAAAGUAUUUCUUUGUUUUUCUGCCUUGAACUCCUGACCUCAAGUACCACACAUGAAGUACUUUUAUAUUCAUUUCAGGUUUGACAUCAAUAUUGUUGUCCUAUCUUGUGUAGGUUUACUCUUUUCGCUUUUUUUUAAAUGCGCGCUUGCAAUUCAUGUACUAGUACACACUAUAUAUAUAUACUGCUGUAUGUACUAGUAUUUACUACUCGAUGUACUAUUGUGCUCAACAUUAUUUGAAAUGUCAUUUGCCAAACGAGGAAAAUUGCCAUAAAUGAUGCUUUGUAAAAUGA